CAACGAUUUCAUCACUAGAAGACAUAAGUAUUCUCGAAGGUUCAGACCUAAAUGAAACAUGUCGAGUUCAAAAGGGAAACCCAACUACAGAAAGUGUGUCAUGGACUAGAAUAAGUGAUGGCAAGAAUUGGAAGAAUAGCCUACUGAUUAUAACUAAUGUUUCUAGAGCAGACGAUACAAAUUAUACAUGCACUUUACGAAGUACAAUCAUCCCAACAAUUGGUGAAGAAACAUUGAUUAUAAGAAGCAAAACAAUAUAUCUAAAUGUUUUUUUUUCUUCAGAAAUCAAACAUUUUACUGUUGUAAAAAACAAGUCAAGUGGAACGUUUAUUGUAAACCAAAGAGAUGAAGUUUCAUUAGAAUGUACAGCAGAAGCUAAACCCAGCCUCGGAUUUAUCUAUAUACAAUACACGUGACAGUAUGAUAUCGACAGUAAAAAACAGAAAUAUGCUUCUUUACAGCAUAAAUAAUGCUUCGUUCGAAAACGCAGGCAAAUAUAAAUGUGAAGGCAGAAACAUUUACACAAAAGAUAAACCAUCAGUUAUCAGAACUGACAAUGAUUGUCAAAUGUUCACCACGACCGUCACUUGCAAUGGUAUUCCCAAAUAAGAUUGCAGCUGCUCAAUAUACAAACAAGACUUUGAAUUUUGUUGCCUAUGAAUACUUGGAUGAAGAAAAUAAAACAAAAUUCAUGUGGCUUCACAAAAACAUUUCAAUCGACAGAAAUGAUGAAAAAUUUGAAAUAAUUUCAAUUGGAUUGAAUUCUAGCCUUUCUGUAAAAAACAUUACACAAAUGGAUUUUGGAGAAUAUAGCGUCAAAGUUUCAAACACAAUAGGAGAGUAUAUUCAUCACUAUAUGUUGCAAGCAGAAGAAAAGCCAGAUGUGCCUAUAAAUUUAACAUACAAAUCCGGAUCAAUCACUAAAUCGUCAGUAACAUUGGUUUGGACUCCAGGUUUUGAUGGUGGCUUUCCACAGACUUUCAUUUUGUUAUAUCAGUACAAUCAGGAGGAGAAGUGGCAUAGCGUUCAAGUUCAGGAUACAAAUGAACAGGCAAUGGACUAUACGUUAACUGGCUUGUUGAGUUCUAAAGUGUAUUAUAUUACAAUGUUUGCAAUGAAUAAAAAAGGGAACUCUUCCUAUACCCAGAAUCUUCAGAUCACAACUAAAAUAAACGUUAAAACAGCAGACUCACAAUCAUCAGAUAACGUUGGCAUUAUAGGUGGAAGUAUUUCAGGUGUUGCUGUUGUUAUGAUUGUGAGCAUCCUUUUAGCUGCAUUUUUCUUAAAAAGAAGAAAUAUAAGAUCUUCACAGCGUGAAAGUCCCAAACAAGGUGUUAUUGCCGGGAGUCAUGUCUCAUCUACGUACACAGAUUUGGAUGCAAGCAGGAGAGAAAUUAAUAAUUAUGAUGACUUCAAUGUAACAUAUGAACAUCUGAACGCUUCAACCCGGGCACAAAAUACAUACAUGGAGUUGAAAAAUACAAAUGUACCGAAUGCUGACACUUCCGACUACGUUAAUAUAAGAAUAUGAACUAUCAUUUUAAAUUGUUUCAUGAAAUGUUACUAAAUACUUAAUUUUGUUUAACGAAACAUUUAUAAAAUAUAGGCACGAACAGUUGGCGAAAUAUCAUAUUAUUAUAGUAAUGUUUAUAUUCUAUGUGAAUUCAUGAUUAAUGUAUGAUGAAAUUAAUGUUUAAAAAAACACGUUUAAUGUAGUAUUUUAUGGAAGAGUACAGGAAAAAACUGAUACUAAAUUACUAAUGUAAAAUUUAUAUUGCGAAUCAUUUAUUAUAGAUGUUGUUGAGUGAAGAAUGGUUGUAGUUUGAAUUUGUAGUUUUAAUUAUCUAUUUUAUGUUUGUGUAAGGUACAUGUAUAUAUUAUAUUGAUAACAAUGUUGCUUAUAAUGGCAAAAAAUGGUUCAUACAUAAAUUUGUUAUGGAACUUGAAGUGAUAGAAAUUAUGAUUUGUACAUACAUAUUGGUAUAAUGUUAUAGUUGGUUUUGUUUGUGCCAUACUCUCGAAACCCUACGGUGAAAACUGCUAAAGAUAGUGCAGAUGCAUACUUCUGUUAUGGACAAGCUUUGUUAGACUUGGCUCGAAUAGAGAAUGAUGUGCUUGAAAACGCCUUUCAAAAAUAUUAUAUGUUUAUGUCUGAAUUUUUUAUAUCGAGAAUUUAUAAAAUGAUAAUAAUAAUGUAAAUAAAUUUCUCGAAUUCUGAAUACUGUACCUUAUAUACACACGCACACAUUCGAUGCAGCGGUCCGAAACGUCAAUCAGAAGUAGGAGUACAUUGAUUGGUUAAAUUGACCACCCUUUCAUACCUUUGUAGUUGUAAUACUUAACUUAUCUAAGAAUAUUAUUGAUACAUUGGGUAGAUCAAAUCCAAAAUACAGAUAUGUGUUAAAAUAAAUAAAGACACAAUUGCAAUGUUUUUGUUCAUUCUAAUCUUGAAGCAUAGAAA